GAUCCUCAACGCUAAACUUGAGAUUCUUAACUUUGUAGAACUUUCGUUUGUCGUCCGAAUUGCAGAGACACAGAGAGAUGGUAUUUCACUGCUAAACAUCGAUUACAAAUUGAAAAUAUAGAUUUGAUAGUUCAAGAAAAGGAAAAGAAUGUUGCAAGACAUGUUGCUGUACGCGGCGAGCGCGGCGCUGAGUUGCUUGGUAUUGUUUGCGGGGCUCCGACACUUCGACCCGAGCCGCGAAUCAUCGAAGAAGGCUCUUGAGCUCAAGAAAGAGAUUGCCAAGCGUCUCGGUCGCCCCCUUAUUCAGACUAACCCUUAUGAGGAUGUUAUAGCCUGUGAUGUUAUAAAUCCUGACCACAUUGAUGUGGAGUUCAAUUCUAUUGGGGGACUCGAAGCAAUCAAGCAAGCUUUGUUUGAGCUUGUUAUUUUGCCUCUAAAAAGACCUAACUUGUUUUCAUAUGGUAAGCUUCUUGGGCCACAGAAGGGAGUCCUGUUGUAUGGACCACCUGGUACCGGGAAAACCAUGCUUGCCAAAGCUAUUGCUAAGGAGUCAGGAGCAGUUUUUAUUAAUGUGAGGAUAUCAAACCUGAUGAGCAAGUGGUUUGGGGAUGCCCAAAAGCUUGUGGCUGCUGUAUUUAGCUUGGCUCAUAAGCUCCAGCCCGCCAUCAUAUUCAUUGAUGAAGUAGACAGUUUUUUGGGUCAGCGUCGUACAACAGAUCACGAGGCUUUGUUAAACAUGAAAACUGAGUUCAUGGCUCUGUGGGAUGGAUUUACCACAGAUCAGAAUGCUCGAGUUAUGGUCCUUGCAGCAACUAAUCGUCCUUCAGAACUUGAUGAAGCAAUACUUCGACGACUUCCUCAAGCCUUUGAAAUUGGAAUUCCUGAUCAAAGGGAGAGGGCUGAAAUAUUGAAGGUUAUCCUAAAGGGUGAGAGGGUUGAAGACAACAUAGACCUUGGUCGUAUAGCUGGGUUAUGUGAGGGUUACACUGGUUCAGAUCUAUUUGAUCUUUGCAAGAAGGCUGCCUAUUUUCCUAUUAGAGAACUACUGGCUGAAGAGAAGGAAGGGAAACGAUCACCUGCACCUAGACCUUUGUCGCAGUUAGACUUGGAGAGGGCCCUUGCCACUUCACAGAAGACAAAGGUUGCUGCAAGUGAAUACGGUGGAUUAAGCUUUCAGUUACCUUCAAGAUGGACAGUGCAUGGUGAAUCAGAGUAAGCUUAGGAUUCAUCAAGGCGAUGCAGUCUGUAUCAAGUUGCCAACAGCCACCAAUGAUUGAGACCUCGGGGAAAUAACUGGCAUUGAAGUGGGUUCGGCAGGGAUAUACUUUUAAGCACCGUGGGUCAGUUAUCAUCCUCGUGUUUUUUAUCUUUUUCUGGUCCACCAGCAUAUGCUGAUGAUUAGCUCAAACCCUUGAAAGUUGCAAGCACUUCCCAUCACAUUCAUUCAUUAUAUAGUUAGGACCACAAAUUUAAGCUUUUUCCCUCUCAAGCAUAAUAUCUACACUGAAUGCAGGACCACAACGUAGGGGGUGUAUCUUCCCUGGUAUGGUCUGGUUGUGUCUUGUUGAUGCCCCUGCAUCGUGGUUCCAUCAUUACUUAACCACUUUUAAGGUUUGUGGAAAAAAACAGAAGCUGAAAUUAAAUAUCGAAUAAAAUUACGAUAAUUGAGUAAUUAAAUAUUACCUUUUUUUUUUUUUUAACUUGUCCAAUUUGUACUGGAUAAAAAGUUAUAUGUGAUGAAUUUAUAUUAAAAAUUAUAGAAGACAUUGUAAUUCAAUAAAUUAUUACUAUUAAAUGUUAUAAUUU